UGACAACUGCAUGAAAGAGGGAAACAAACACGCCCUAGCCUCAAGUUCACUAAUUUCACAGCCGUUAAGGGUUUUAGCACAACAAAAGGGUUUUGCUGAAUGCUGAACUCCUCCGCCUCAACUUUAUCAUCCUCCUCUGAUGUGAAAUGAUUAUCGACUCAACUACCCAAGAUUGAAAUACUCGAAUCCAUUACCCUCCACUGAUAAAUUUCGGUUAUCACUUCACUGGCAUAACCCAACCGAAGGAGCCCUCAAUGCAUCGGACCCGUUUUUCCAUCUUCACCCGUCGGAUGCUCACAAAUUCCAACUGUAUUCGCACCACCUCCAAUUUCCCUUACUCCAAUCCCCAAAACCCUAGACCCAAUGGGUGGUUCGCCUUCUUUCGCCAGUUUUCAUUCACUCGGCGCGCACCGGCAUCGGACCCAAAUGACCCAUCCACACUCAUGAAGGAAGACAGUGUCGCGGUUUGUUCUCAAAUGUGGUUGGAGAAUUUCCGUGAACCCGACAGGUUAGUGACCAAUUUGAGUUCGUAUUUACGCCGGUUCGAGUUGUGGGUUUUGGCUUACCAGAAGGUUUGCGCCGACGAGACUGGGGCGUAUAUGACCCGGGGCUCGAUUGAAAGGUCAGCCCUCGAGGACCUUUUGACACUGCGAAAUGCAGUGCUUGAUGAUAGGUUUAGGUGGGGGGCUCGGUUGGAUUUCUUUUUAAAAUCGCCCAAGGACAAGACGGAUUACAGGUCAUUGUCGAAGAGAAAAAUUAAGGCGAUAUUGACAACCUCCCAACCUGCCCCAUUUCAGGAUAGGAUCGUCCAGGAGGUGUUGUUUAUGGUUUUGGAGCCGGUGUAUGAGGCUCGGUUCUCACCAAAGUCGUUUGCGUUUAGGCCAGGAAGGAAUGCGCAUACAGUGUUAAGAGUGAUCAGGAGGAGUUUUGCAGGAUAUCUGUGGUAUAUAAAGGGUGAUUUUAGUACCAUUCUAGAUGGGAUGAAGGUUGGGUUGGUGGUAAAUGCUUUGAUGAGGGAUGUUAGGGAUAAGAAGGUUGUCGAUUUGGUGAAAUCAGCAUUGGUUACGCCGGUGAUCACUACCAAGGUUGAUGAUGGGGAGAAGAUGAAGAAGAAGAAGAGAAAGUAUCAGAAGAAGAGGGUAUUAGCUGAGGACGAGCCUAAGCCUGACCCGUAUUGGUUGGAGACGUUUUUUGGGUUUGCCCCAGAGGAGGCAGAGAAGCUUCCUUCUUGGGGGCAUUGUGGUAUUCUUAGUCCACUCUUGGCUAACAUUUGUCUGGAUGAACUGGACCGCUGGAUGGAAAGUAAGAUUAAGGAGUUUUAUCGCCCGUCAAAGAGCGAUGUCAUAUGGAAUAAGCGAGGGGAAGCAGAACAAGGGAACACGUCUUGGCCAGAAUUUGUGCCAACAAGUGGGCCAGAUAAGACACGUAAGGUGGAUUAUGUACGAUAUGGGGGUCACAUUUUGAUUGGUGUUCGGGGACCUAGAGCGGAUGUGGCGACAUUGAGAAAGCAGUUAAUUGAGUUUGUUGAUCAGAAGUAUAUGCUCAAGAUUGACAAUGAAAGCCUUCCUAUUGAACACAUAACUAAGGGUAUAAUGUUUCUUGACCAUGUCUUGUGUCGGAGAGUAGUGUAUCCUACUCUACGUUACACUGCUACGGGUGGGAAGAUCAUUAGUGAGAAGGGUGUGGGGACCCUUUUGUCUGUCACGGCAAGCUUGAAACAAUGCAUUAAGCAAUUUAGGAAGUUGAACUUUCUGAAGGGGGAUAGGGAUCCAGACCCACAACCUUGUUUCAGAAUGUUUCAUGCCACCCAAGCACACACAAAUGCACAAAUGAAUAAGUUUUUGUCAACAAUGGUUGAGUGGUACAGGUAUGCCGACAACCGGAAGAAAAUCGUUAACUUCUGCUCUUACAUUUUGAGGGGUUCACUAGCUAAGCUCUACGCUGCAAAGUACAAGCUCCGUUCACGAGCAAAGGUAUACAAGAUCGGUGCUCGGAAUCUUAGCCGUCCUUUGAAGGAGAAGAAAGGUCAGUCACCUGAGUACCAUAAUUUGCUGAGGAUGGGUCUUGCUGAGUCAAUUGAUGGGCUUCAAUAUACCAGGAUGUCUCUUGUACCCGAGACUGAUUAUACCCCUUUCCCAAGUAAUUGGAGACCUGAUCAUGAGAAGGCAUUGCUUGAAUAUAUACGGCUUGAAGAUCCAAAAACUUUGGAGGAGCAACGGAGUUGCAUUAGGGAGCAAGGUCUUGUUUCACCCCAGGAUUACAUUUCAAUGCUUGUUUGGAACUAUAAAAGAAAUGCAAUUGUGUUGGAUAGGCUUUCCCUAGUAAAUAGCAACGGCAUCAGUUCAGGAAAAGAUCAACAGUUAUUGUUGGGUUCAAACCAUGAGGACCAUGAUCAUGUAACCAAAGAAAUGGAAGAAAAUGAUGAAGGAAUCCAUGCGGCACAAAUGUAAGGCUAUGUCUUAUAUUAUGUGCUUAGAAAGUGCAAUCCAUCAAUAACUGCUCGGUGUGCUGGUUAGAUAAAGCAAAAGCUGAUUUGGAAAGCGACAGAGUGAAAGAACACAAUUGUUAAUUUCAAGUCGCAGAUAUGUAAGUUGUGUUUCUGCUUUGUGCUUGAAAAGAGAAAUUCUUGUGUAAAAAUUUUUUGUGCUUAAAAGAAGCAAGGCAAAGCUUGUGACAGCAAUUUGCUAGUGAACAACCUUAGGAAUGAGGAAGUACAGAGAAGAUUGUAUAAUUUCAAAUCUGUUAUUAGUUUAUAAAUGAGAAGAUUUCAUCACA